AUGGAGGAUGUACUAAGGGAGUUGGUGCGUAUUUCUACUGAGCAGCAGACUCUGCAACGGCAGAUGAUACAGCAGCAGAAACAGAAUGCGCUUCUCCAUUUGGAGGUCCAAAAAUGCCUAACAGCAGCCCCUCCUAUCGAGAGGGAAGCAACCGUGCAGCCUAACCCAGGCCGAUUCAUCGACAGUCCUACCUGCCAGAGGGCCAACCGCGUUGCUACCAGUGUGGGGAGACAGGCCACAUUGCCCGGGACUGCCCAGGGAAGGAUGAGCCAAUGCAGACCGCCAACUCAUCUGGAAAGCUCCCUGGCUCAAAUGAUACCAGUCAAGGUAAAUGGAAAAGAUGCAGAGGCGUUAGUGGACUCAGAAAUUAAAGUCAGCUGUGAGCUGAAAGUGGGGGUGGUUCCUUCCCUACCAGUCCCAGUCUUGGUGGGGCGAGACUGCCCACUGUACAAGUGCCUGCGACACCAGAAGGAGGAGCAGAGAGGCAACCAAUCUUCCAGUGCAGACGAGGCAAAUGAUAACCCUUUUGCUGCUUUCCCGGGGGACCUAAGCACAGGUGAUGAGGAGGGUGAAGUCGCAUUGCUUCCAAGUUUGAAGGGCCAGUUCGAGACCGCCCAGAUGGAAGACCCCAAUCUGUUGCAUGCACGCAGCAAUGUUACGGAAAUAGAGGGAAAACCAGUUCCAGGAGUAGACCAUGAGGUGGCCGAAGUUGAAUACAGUCCAGGGCUGUCCAAAGCUCAGUUACAGCAAACCAAGGAACUGGUUCAGCAGAGUUUGGAUGUGUUCUCACUACGACCUGGACGCACAACGAUGGUGGAACAUCAAAUCCACACAGAGCCGGGCCAAAAGGUAAAGAUGCGGCCCUACCGGGUGCCGGAGGAAAGACAGGCGGCCAUUGAGCAAGAAGUGCAGAAAAUGCUGGCUAUGGGGGUGAUUGAAGAAUCUCACAGUGAGUGGACCAGCCCUGUCGUUCUGGUUCCUAAGCCAGACAACACCAACAUGUUCUGUAAUGAUUUCUGA